AUGGAAACGAAAUUAAGUGAAAGCAAAGAACAACAAUGGAAGGAUUCGAUGUCUCUAUCUUCAUCUUCAAGAUCGUCAUCAAUAACAUCUGAAUCAUCAGAUGGUCACUUUGAUAUCCGACACUUUCCUCUUCCCAAGCCAUCAUUGUCUGCUCCCGAGGCACAGAAGCAGAGAGAGUCACAUCAGGCUUAUAAUUCCUCCGUCAGCUCUUAUACCAGUUCGUCAUGGUCCUCGAACCACCUAAUCGAUUUACCCGGUUAUGAUCCAAACCGGAUUCCACCUGCGGUUUUCUCCAGUAAACCGGGUAAUUCGAUGGAAUGGAGUAUAGCUUCUAAUGAAUCCUUGUUUAGCAUCCACGACGGGAAUUUUAGCAUUUCUACUGCAGCGUUGAGGUUGGCUGAGAUACCCAGAUUUGAAGAACCAUGUCAGGAGAUAACCGAAAUCAACCUGGUUCCUCUUCCUCCCUCGGUUAAGAAACUCACGGAACAUGAGAAAGAAACAAUCACAGAGAAUAAACCAAAUCAGGUGGAAAAACCAGUCUCUGAGAUUGACGAUAAAUUGGAAGAAAAAAAGAUGAUUGAAUCCGAAAGCGACGAUGAACAUGAAAAUAAUGAUGAAGAAGAAGAUAUGAUCGAAGCAAAGGUUACAGUAGAAAUUGAAACCCAAAAACCGGAAGAAAAAUUGGUAGAAGAUGUGAAGAAGAAUAAACCAGCAGAAGAUUCGAUCAGUACAGUUUCACAUUCGCCUAGCAUUUCUUGUCGCUCGGACACCAGCAACAACAGCAUUGGCUCUUUCGCCUUCCCAGUAUUGCAGAAAGAAGACGGAGUUAACAAAACGCCAUCUGUAGAAAUCAGAGGGAACGUUUCCCACAAGCGAAACCCCGAGUAUAUGUUGCCUCAAUCGCCGCCGAUGCAACCGGCUCAACCGCAACCGCAACCUUAUUUGGAAUCUAGUACGCCAGCUCAGUUGCAGCAGCAAUCACAAAUACAACGGAAGGCAUCGAGACAAUCAGAGUCUCGAAAGCAAUCGAUAAAAGCUUCGAGAAAUGGUGGUUGGUUCUCUUGCUUCCGCUUUCCAAAAUGCAGGUUAUUCAAGUAG